AUUGGAAAUAAAGUGAGGAGAAAGAAGAGAGAAAUGUGACCGAGAUGGGGCAGUUGGCAGAGGAAGGAAGCAGAUAAAAAAAAUGAGAGAGAGAACAAAGAAAUCGCGACCAAGAGGAACAAACUGUGGAGGCAGCUUCACUUUCUGGGCUGUGGAAAGAACUUCCAGGGUAUCUCAGUCGCUGGAAUAACAGGGCGCAGGCUGCACUGCUGCAAAGGGUUUGCAAAAGGAGCAAAUAAUCUUGUGGCUGCUGCCCAUGCUGAAGGGAAAAAGGGAUCCUGUGAGCAAGAGCGAGGAGGAAACUGCCUGCCAGAGACUGCAAUAUUUCAGUAGCAAAGUGUGCUCCAAAGUUCUUUCCAGGAUCCCCUGGGCUGCAGCUCUUGGUGGGGAGAACCCCCACCCAGGAAGGUUGCCCGAGCUCUCACCCCCUGCCCCUCCCACGCGUACUUUGGGAUUAUAGGUCAUUUUUGAACAAACAACAAAACUAGCGGAUUUCAGAGUGAAAUUCCGGAGGAAAUUUAAAGAGCAUCCGGAUCCGGAGAAAGAGAGAGAGAAGGAGGAAGGAAAAAAUAAAUAAAAACGUGGAGUGAAUCUAAGGCAACCAAAGAAGGGAAGAGAAGAAAGAAACUGACACUGACGUGGAGAUGGGGAAAUGAAUCACUGAGGAGGCCAAACCGAGAUCUAGGAAGCUGCUGGAAGACUGAUGCAAACUAACUUCACUACCUAAUAGUCUGUCCAGCCAUUACUAACCAAUGUCAACAACUAGGGAGCAGCCGAUCUUCAGCACUCGGGCCCACGUUUUUCAGAUCGACCCGGCCACGAAGCGGAACUGGAUCCCUGCCAGCAAACAUGCCCUGACCGUCUCCUACUUCUACGAUGCCACGCGCAACGUGUACCGGAUCAUCAGCGUGGGCGGCACCAAGGCCAUCAUCAACAGCACCAUCACCCCCAACAUGACCUUCACAAAAACCUCCCAGAAGUUCGGACAAUGGGCGGACAGCCGAGCCAACACAGUAUACGGGCUGGGCUUUGCUUCUGAGCAGCACCUCUCCCAGUUUGCGGAGAAGUUCCAGGAGGUGAAAGAAGCAGCCCGUUUGGCAAGAGAAAAAUCGCAGGAUAAAACGGAGCUGACCAAUCCAGCCCUGAACAUCACGUCUCACCAGGUGCUGCCAAGCACCGUCAUCAGCUCCAAUGGGCCGGGAGACGAUAAGCUGUUCCGGAGCCAGAGCGCCGACGUUGAGAUAACAACGGAGAAGGAGCGGCUGAAGAAGAUGCUCUCCGAAGGCUCAGUGCCCGAGGUCCAGUGGGAAGCUGAAUUCUUCACCCUCCAGGACAACAACAACAAGCUGGUGGCUGCCCUGCAGGAGGCCAACGCCAGCGUGGAGCAGUGGAAAAAGCAGCUGGCCGCGUACCAGGAGGAGACGGAGACGCUGCGGCUGCGGGUGGCUGAACUGGAGCUGCAGAAAGCCCACGAUUCCUCCAGCGAGGGCAGCAAGGAGGAGCUGAACCAGACGCUGGAGGAGCUGGAGCUGCUGAUCAAGGCGAAAGACGAGGAAAUUCAGCAGCUGAAGAGCCAGAAGAGUGGCCAGUGGGAGGCAGAAGGGGAGCGCGAGGAAAUGCUGCAGAAGCUGCAGGAGCUGGAAGGACGCAACGCGGAGCUGGAGCGACGUGUGCACGUGGCUGAGCAAACGCUGGCCGAGCAGCUGGCCGAGAGGGAGAAGAUGCAGGGCGAAGUCACCAAGGUGGGCGAGCUAAUGGAUGUGAAGAUAUUUGAGCUCAGCGAGCUCCGGCAGGGACUUGCCAAGCUGGUGGAAAGCAACUGAGCAGCCCUGGCCACAGAGACACCUUCCGGGAGGGGCAGAGCCCAGCUGAGGCCGGUUACAAACUGCAGCAGGAAUUGGGACCUGGGCGGGGUCCAGCCACAAACCAGGAGAUGCCUGCAACUGUCUGUGGAGACUGGCCAGAGCCGCCUGCUGUGCAUUGAGGGCAGACCUGGUGCCAGUAGGCAGCUGAACUCGGGGGGUUUCCACCCAAGGAGUGUCCGUGAGUCAUGUCCAGGCCUCUCUGGAUCCUGCCCGGCGUUGGCGUGGCCGGCAGGUGGCAGGGUCCCCCCGUGCUGCUCAGUGACGCUGCUCUCCUGGCCUCACUCUAACGCAUUUCCCUGACAUUUUUACAGAAGGAAACUCCUUUUCUAGGGACGGGGCUCACCUGCCUGCCCAUUUUUCAGUAGUUUUUCUAGGGAACCGCUUGCUUCUUGUGAACCAAACUGCCUGGCUCCUGCUUCCCAUCCCCAGGAAGAGACGGCCCAUCACACCACGGGCGGUAGCUGCUCCUUCUCCCCCUUCCCAACCGUACUUACAUCCAUCUUUUUAAUAGAUUCUGAUCACUUUUUAUUCACUGUCAGGGGCUUCCAGAACCCCCCUGGGCAGGGACAGCGCCUCACCUUGCGGCUGCCCAGUCACACCCUCCAGAGGGGAAGAAGUUGCAGGAUUUCAAGCUGUUUUCUAUUUUAAGGCAGUGGGUUUUCUUACUUUCCAAAGCUGCUUUAAGCUGGGAGGAGCAGGCGGUGCUGGGGAGGGGAUUAGGGUUUGAGAAACAGGAUAGCUUGGGGGUGACCAGCCAGCCGCAGAGCUGGCAUCUGUCCAGGCUCCAAGGGCUGCCACUCACCUGAGUUAAAUGCAGCAAAUCUCAGUUGCUCUUGUUGCCUCUUGGGAAGCGUGGUCCAGGGAGACAGCAGGCCCCACGAGCCGCGUGGCCUCUGGAGGGUGCAGGCCCCCGGGCUAUGCUCCCCCUUGAGCUGCGCAGCUGGAUGCAGCUAGGAUGUUGGCUGUUUGGAGCGCAUUGGGCCUGGGCUCCCUAGGGGCUGCGGGACAUUUGUGGGUCCUUAUGGGUGUUGUUGAGUAUUGUAAAUCUAUAGGGAGCGGGGCUGUCACACUCCCCCGCCCCCUGCCCCGGCCCUGUGGAGCCCAGUAGCUGCCUAGUAGCAUGCUUAGCCUGUGUCUAAUGAGGAAGCAGCGUGUGUAGACGUAGCUGGUUGCCCAGAGGGAUCAGGGCUGGGUCUGUUUUUUGUUUCUCCUUGAUGCCAUAGGUGCAGUGUAGACACAGUAACUGGAGAAUGUUUCCAUGGGAUUGUAGAGACGCUGCAGAAUCUGCCUAAAACUCCAGCAACCCCGGCGGCCAAAUCCUGCCUUCUGCCCACAGGGUCAAACCCUCUGUCUGCGUGUACCUGGGUGAAAAGAGUAACUCAGCUGCGGCGGAGCUGCCUCUCACUCACCCCCGGCACGAGAAGGGGUUUCAGGGUGAAGCUGAUGUGAAGGGACGUGAUUGCUCUGCCAUUGCACCGAGCUCCCUCAGGGCUCCCUUAAACCCCAGCCCCUGCUUACGCCUGUGUGACUGAGCCACACAGGCAGGCGCAGGCGCCGGGGAGAUCCUGAAGGAGUGGAGCUGUGAUGUCAGGGUUACAGAGCUUGUGUCUAGGUUAGGCCGGCCCCUUCCCUCCCUCCCUCUCUUUCAAAGCUUAGGAGUUGUGGGGAAAUGUAGAUUUCUGAACCUGCGCAGCCAGGAGAACUUUUUUGCAUGAGCUGCUCCCACGCCUGUGUGGGGGCUUGAGUUAGCUGUAACAUGUGCCGCCCGCAGGGUGGUGUGUGUGUGUGGGGGGGGGUACGUGCGUUCCGGUUCUGGGGGCAGCUGUGGCCCCCUUGGAAAAUAGAGAUCAGCUGCAGGAAAGGUGCCUUCACUCUGGCUCUGCUUCAUUGUGGGGUGGCGCUGGAUUAAGCAGGCAUCUCCCCUGCAUGUUGUCAGCCACUCACCCACCCACGGGUCCUGUCUGUGUCUCAUGCCACAUGCAAACUACCAGGAGAAGGGGCAUGUCAAAGGUUCUGGGUCUGACUUCCCACCACUCUGUCCUCCAUGUCGCCGCACCCAGCCUCUUGCUACUGUGUGGCCGGUGGCGAGAUGGGAGUUUCCCAGCAAUUGGAGCUCACUGGACCGGCUUGAGCAACAUCCCAGGCUGAGUCAGCUCUGUCAAGCUGAAAGCCGGGGAGGUGCUGAGUGGGGCAGGACUGAUUCUGAGUGGGAACGGAGCAGACGCAAGCCACAGCACGGCGCUUUGCUGAGACUGCAGCUCUGCCUGGUUCCCACCUGCCUUCCACACCUGUGCGUUUGCUAGCCCAGACUUGUCGCUGGCAGCAGCGCCGGCGUUAGCCAGGGUUUGUAAUGACCCGGCGCCCUUUACCCCUCGCAAGCACAGCCCCAGUCACUCCCGGGGUAACGCCCUCAGCCCUCCCGUGACGUUACGAAGAUGCUGACAGGAGCCAUGGACGUGGCAAACCCGGAGCUCCAGCCUGCACUUGGCCCAGCCUUCCCCGCCAAGCACAGCUCAGGAGCCGUUGUCUCAGGCUCACACUCCAGCCAGGCUCCGGCCUGCUUCCCUGGGCCACAGCUGCUUUCCUUCCUUCUGUCCUGUAGAGACAGCGCACCAGGCACUGAGUCACUGCACCGCUGUGUCUCGGGGAGCCAGGACACGCUGGGCUGGGCAUGGUGAGUCACGGCUGAGGCGCUGCCCGAAGGCAGGUAGGGGCAGGCUCUGCCUGCGAGGGGACGGGAGCAUAGAGCCCAAGAACUUGGUGGCUUUGCUGAUUUAAAGCCCUGGGAUGUUAAGGCUGGGCCCUGAACCAACCAAAUCCAUUCUGAGGGCUGAGUCCCGCAUUGUAUCCCCGCCCCCCCGCAGGAGUCUGAGGCUCUCCGAUGCCGAGGCUCCAGUUUAAACAACAAGGCAGGUUAACAGCAAACCCCUCAAUGAAUUACUCUCAUGGUCCAUGUAAGGACACACCCCACACUCCUCAACUGCCAGGAGCUGAGGGGGUGUGGCCCCUAGUUAUGACCCAGCAGCAAGAUGAUCACAUGAAAGGCAGGUCAAUGCCCGCUUUGAUUGAAUGCUGCCCCUCAAGUGGCUGACAAGGCAGAGGGCAAUGGGGCAGGGGGCAGAGCCCCCCUCCUGGGGUUAGCCAGCUCAUC